GGUGGGGUGGAAUAGCCCCGCCCAUUGGCUGUUUGCACGCAGUUGCUUUAAACCUCUCGGAAAAAAUAAACAAAACAAUUACAAGUGCUGGGGGAACUUCCAGAUCCUUGCAGAAGGGAUCAGCUCCCGGCUGCUGAGAAGGAGUGAAGCCCGGGACCACAGCAAAACUCUCAGCUCUGAGCCUGGCAAGUGACCGGUCCCUGUCGCUGAAGGGGAAGACCUCCGGAACUAUGACCCCGAAAAGAAUUGCUGUGAUUGGCGGAGGCGUGAGCGGGCUCAGUUCUAUCAAGUGCUGCUUGGAGGAAGGCUUGGAGCCCGUCUGCUUUGAAAGAUCCGAUGACAUCGGAGGGCUCUGGAGGUACCAGGAAAAUCCUGAAGAAGGAAGAGCCAGUAUUUACAAAUCAGUGAUCAUCAACACGUCUAAAGAGGUUAUGUGCUUCAGUGACUACCCCAUCCCCGACCAUUUCCCGAACUUCAUGCACAACUCCCAGGUCCUGGAGUACUUCAGGAUGUACGUGAAAGAAUUUGGCCUUCUCAAAUAUAUCCGUUUUAAGACCACUGUGUGUAGUGUGAAGAAGAGACCUGAUUUCUCCACUUCGGGUCAGUGGGAGGUGAUUACAGAGUGUGAAGGGAAAACAGAGGCGAGUGUCUUCGAUGGAGUCAUGGUCUGCACCGGUCAUCACACGGAUGCUUACCUGCCCUUAGAAAAAUUCCCUGGGAUCAAGAAGUUUAAGGGACAGUAUCUCCAUAGUCGAGACUAUAAGAACCCACUGUGCUUCACUGGGAAGAGAGUCAUUGUCGUUGGCAUUGGGAAUUCUGGAGUGGAUCUGGCUGUGGAGAUCAGCCACAGAGCCAACCAGGUAUUCCUCAGCACUAGAAGAGGGGCCUGGAUCCUGAAUCGUGUAGGGGAUAAUGGAUACCCCAUGGAUGUGCUAUUCUCUUCUCGACUUAAUCAUUUUAUGCGGAGGAUUUUUGGUGAAUCAUUAGCAAACUUUGUAUUGGAAAAAAAGAUGAACCAAAGGUUUGACCAUGCAAUGUUUGGCCUGAAGCCUAAACACAGACCUCUAAGUCAACAUCCAACAGUAAACGAUGACCUGCCAAAUCGUAUCCUUUCUGGGAGGGUGAAGGUGAAAGGAAACGUGAAGGAAUUCACAGAAACAGCUGCCAUAUUUGAAGAUGGUUCCAGAGAGGAUGACAUUGAUGCCGUUGUCUUUGCCACGGGCUAUAACUUUGCCUUUCCCUUUCUUGAAGAUUCUCUCAAAGUGGUCAAAAACAAGAUAUCCCUGUAUAAAAAUGUCUUCCCUCCUAACCUGGAAAAGCCCACCCUUGCAAUAAUAGGCCUGGUCCAGCCCUUGGGUGCCAUUAUGCCCAUUUCAGAACUCCAAGGACGCUGGGUCACACAAGUAUUUAAAGGGCUAAAAACAUUGCCCUCAAAAAGCGAAAUGAUGUCAGAAAUAGCUAAGACUCAAGAGAAACUUGCAAAAAGGUACGUGGAGAGCCAACGCCACACCAUCCAGGUAGAUUAUGUAGAUACCAUGGAAGACCUUGCUGAGCUGGUGGGUGCCAAGCCCAAUCUGCUAUCUCUGGCCUUGACUGACCCCAGAUUAGCUCUGGAGUUACUAAAGGGACCCUGUACUCCAAUCCAUUAUCGUCUGCAAGGCCCUGGAAAAUGGCACGGAGCUCGAAAAGCUAUCCUCACCACCGACGAACGCAUCAGGAAGCCUCUGAUGACGAGAAAAACUGAAGGCACCACUUCUGCAGCUUCAACGAUCACAAUGGCCAGGUUUAUGCUGGCUGUCGUUUUCUUUGCUGUACUUUUGGCCUACUUGUAGCCAUCUCAUUACUGCUCCUCUGGUUUUCCUGGGAGAACAGGAUCUAGAGAUCAAUGUCCUCAGACUUCUAGAGUCUGAGAACAUUGAAAAGCUCUCAGUUUAUAUCAUUUAUUCCAAAGUAUUGGUCCUCUUUCCUGUUUUUUCUCUCUUUCUCUCUCUCUUUCUCUCUCUCUCUCUCUCUCUCUCUCUCUCUCUCUCUCUCUCUCUCUCACACACACACACACACACACAUUCAUAUUGACUCACCUCCUUUCCUCUGUCCCACUGCUCUGUCUUUCCAGUAGAGUCUGGAAAGACUCUGGACUUAGACUCCUAGUUCUCUCUGUGUGUGCUCUUCACAGAGCUAUUGGCAUGUGAUAUAUGCUUAAUACAUGCUUCUUGUUUUUUAUCACAUAUGAUGAUGAGUGACCAUCUGUAUGGGGCAGGGAGGUUCCAUGAAACUCAGUUUCUGUCACGAUUCAGUACUGCAUUCAUACUCCUAUGCACUUCCAGGAGUAACCCCUAAGCACAGAGCCAGGAGUAGCCCCAGAACCUCUGAUUAUAUCCAGUCAUCCCACACAUGUACACACACUUCAUACCCUGCCCCACAUAAAAAGAUUUGGUUUUCUUCUGUCUAGAGGCUCAAUCUAUUUUUAUACUAUUAUUAUAACUAAAAGUUCAUUUGCUGAGAGGUAAGAGAAAUAAUGGCAUAACAGUUGUAUAUAUGAAAUAUAUAUACAUAUCUGGGGCUGGAGCGAUAGCACAGUGGUAGGGCGUUUGCCUUGCACGCAGCCAACAUGGCCAACCCGAGUUCGAUUCUCACCCCCUCUCGGAGAGCCCGGCAAGCUACCGAGAGUAUUCGAUAUGCCAGACACAGUAACAACAAAGUCUCCAAUGGAGACGUUACUGGCCCCGCUCGAGCAAAUCGACGAUCAACGGGAGGGCCUUUACCUUACCUUACCUAUAUACAUAUCUGGGGCUGGAGCGAUAGCACAGUGGUAGGGCGUUUGCCUUGCACGCAGCCAACAUGGCCGACCCGAGUUCGAUUCUCCGCCCCUCUCGGAGAGCCUGGCAAGCUACUGAGAGUAUCUCGCCCGCUCGGCAGAGCCUGGCAAGCUCCCCGUGAUGUAUUCGAUAUGCCAAACACAGUAACAACAAAGUCUCCAAUGGAGACGUUACUGGGCCCGCUCGAGCAAAUUGAUGAUCAACGGGAGGGCCUUUACUUUAUAUACAUAUCUAAGAUAAAAAUAUCAAUAUGCACUUAAACACUUCAUUUUACUACCUAUUCCCUAACAUAUCUGAUAACUGGAGUUUUCCUUGCUCUUUUCUAAACUAACACUAUUUUUCUCAAUGAAGACAGUACUUGCCAUUUUCUAGGUACAUGAGUUAUUCAAAUAAGUCUAGCUUCUGCCAAUAGAUUCAGCUUGUUAAACAUAUUUGGAUUUUAACUGUCCAAUCUUUUUUGACCUCUUUGUUCCCUUGUCAGGUGCAACAAGACCUUGCAGAGGGAACCUGAUAACUAGCUGCCAACUAUUGUAACAGGGCCUACAAAUACCACUUGAUUUGUCUCCUCUCAUAUCUGUUUUCUCUCUCUUACUCCCUCUCCCAAUUAGAUUUUUAAAUGAUGAGUUAUUUGAAGGACUGGGAAUGUCACUUAGAAGCAGAGCACUUGCUUUGCCUGGGUUUGAUCCCAGGCACCAAAAUCCAAAAAGAAGUAUUGAAAGAAAUUGUCUAUGUAUUCAAUUAGAAUUGGUAUUGAUUACAUACAGGCAUUGUGCUUGUCCUGAUCUCAUAUAACGGAGCACUAAAAAACAGAGCAAAUGAGUGUAGAAUCAGGUGCUUCCCCUGCUUCCUCCUUUGUGGCCGUUGGCUCUGUUCGUAUCUCACAGAGAAGGUAACUGGUAGCUUCCAGACAUACUAAACUACGAGAGGAAAGGUACAAGAUGUACCACCAGGUGUCAGUUCAAAAAUAACUGGUGGGCAAUGCACUUUGGUUUACUUAUCCUAACAAAGGAUAAAUUCAAGUGAUUAAAAGAACAUUAGAACAUAUUAUCUUUCCCAAUAUAAAUAUCUGUUAGACAACCAGAAAUGAGAAGACCGCAAUUUCCUCUUAGUUGUGUAACUCUCUGGAUAAUUGCUGGCCAUUUCAUCUGAUUUGCUGGUGUGGCCUUUUGAGAAUCAGAGAAUUAAGAAUUUAUACUGCUUCUUAGUCUUUCCCUAAUCCUUGUGAUACUGGGGGCAUAGCAGCUCUUAAAGUGGAUCUGUCAUCUUCUAAUCUACAAAUCACUCUAGUUCAAAAGUAAAUCUGUUGGGCUGGAGCUAUAGCACAGCGGAUAAGGCACUUGCCUUGCAUGUGGCUAAACCGGGUUCAACCCCCAGCAUACCAUAUGGUCCCUUGGGUGAUUCCUGAGUGCAGAGCCAGAGUAACCCCUGAGCAUCACCAAGUAUGGUCAAUAGGCCUCAGCUGGGUAAUCCAGGUUAGCACCCAUUAUGCAGUCUUGCUAGGUGCAUGCCCAUGGAGUGCGAAGGGCUCUCUCCCUUCAUGCUUUCUUUCCCCAUAAUACUACAUUCUUGAGGAUAUCCUCAGACAAACCCGAGUUUAGGAUUAUGGUACACAGUACCUACCUGCGUCUAAACACCCAUGAUCAUUGGGGGGAGGGAGGGGGAGGAAAGUUUGAAAAUGUGUUAAAAUAUUUUUUUGAAAGAUCACCUGAGGACUGGGGAGAUAGUACAGGAGUCAGUUGAUCUGGGCAUGAUGUAGCCCUGUGCCCAGUGGCCCUGGUGAUCUCUGGUACCCUCAGGUCCCAGCACUGAAUCCACCCAGUUGGCCCAGUGUCCUAGGGAUGACCCCCAAACAUGCUUGAGAGCCCCCCAAUAAAGGUUUCAUAAGCAUUGUGCAUCUGUUGUGCAUUCAGAUAGUGAGGUCCUCCCGAAACAAACAUCUGUUAUGUUAUAAACAUCUUAUAAAGAACUUAAGCAGUUCUGACAGUUAAAUCAAAUGUACCCAGGAUGAGAUUCUGGAUCAUUAAAGUGAUAUUUUUUAACUGUGGUUUUAGGUUAAAAUGGUAUUAACAUAAACAUUAAAUAAAUAUUAGUAAAGUAUGGGUUUGGGUUUAAAAUGAAGUCCCAAUAUUGGUUUAUUAAUUGUGUCAAAUGUAUCAGAGUCACACAAGAUAUUGACAAUAAAGGAGAUUGUGCUUGGGAUGUAACAGGAACUCCAUCUUAUCUUAACAAAUUUUCUUGAAUCAAAACUACUCUAUAAUUUAACAGUUAUCUUUAAAUUUUUUGGUUGAGCAAAAGGGAAUGCCCUGCCACAGAGGCAGGGUGGGGUGGGAGGGGGUUAGGGUGGGGGGGUUGGGAGGGCUACUGGGAUCACUGGUGGUGGAGAAUGGGCACUGGUGGAGGGCUGGUUACUCGAUCAUUGUAUAACUGAAACCUGCAACUGUACCUCAUGGUGUUUCACUAAUAAAAAAAAAAUUUGGUUGAGAAUUUGAUCCAAAGCCACAAGUCUAAUGGAAUUUUCUCAGAGGAAGAAUGAUAUUGGACUGCAUUGUUCAUGGAAGUUAUUAUGUUUUCUUCUUGAUUAACUCUUCAAAUUAAUUAACUGUAAUAAAGUACAUUGUGAUUUACUAUA